GCUUUAAUACUAAGAUGUGAUGAUCCACAAGUACGAGUUAUUUAGGCAGCACCCUCAGUGCCAGGAGGAGCAUACAUUUCCAUUUUGGGAAUUUAUUUUAGAGAAUACCUCUUUUUCUUCUUCAAAUAUGACAUUCACUUAAAAAUGAACAUUGGAUUUAUUAUUACGGUUAGAAACUGAGGUUGAGAUCAAACUCUUAAGACUUCUAGAAGUAAAAAGGAAGUAGCACUCCAGUGGAAGCUCUAAAGGAUUCUUCCACCAUGAAGAAACUGAUGCUGUGGUCCUUUUUGGUAUUAUGCUCAGCCAGACCCUAUCAGAGAGUCAGAAUUACGGAUUUCAUACGGACACCUGAACAUAUACUCCAUGACUAUGAGAAUGAUAACGCUGAAAACAAUUACAUUCUCUUGUCCAACCGGAGUGCCAGAGCAACUAGUUUACCACAAGUUCCUUAUUCUGUGUGUCCUUUUGGAUGCCAGUGUAUGCUGAGAGUUGUACAAUGCUCUGAUCUUGCUUUAGCAUCUGUCCCAAAAGACAUCCCUGCAGAUACACUCAUGAUCGACCUUCAAAACAACAAAAUCGCGGAAAUCAAGGAGAAUGAUUUCAAGGGACUGAAAAACCUAUAUGCACUGUUUCUACUUAACAACCAGAUCUCUAAGAUCCACUCAAAAGCCUUUCGCCACUUGAAUCAACUUCAGCUGCUGUACCUUUCUCACAACCUUCUUACACAAAUCCCAACCAAUCUACCGAAAAAUGUGCUAGAACUGAGAAUUCAUGACAACAAGAUAAUGAAGGUCCAAAAGGAUGCAUUCAAGGGGAUGAAGUCCCUACAUGUUUUAGAAAUGAGUGCAAAUCCACUUCAAAACAGUGGCAUUGAACUAGGAGCUUUUGAUGGAAUGUCUGUUUACUAUCUGAGAAUUGCAGAAGCAGAACUGACUACAAUCCCAAAAGAUUUACCGUCUUCCCUGUAUGAAUUGCACCUUGAUUACAAUAAGAUCGGAAAAGUGGAAAUUGAAGAUUUUAUAAGAUACAAAUAUUUACAAAGGCUUGGACUUGGGAACAACCAAAUAAAAUCUAUUGAAAAUGGAAGUCUAGCCUAUCUUCCAAAUUUAAGGGAACUUCACCUAGAUUACAACAAACUUAAACAUGUCCCAGCUGGUUUAGCAUCUCUGAAGUAUUUACAGGUUGUCUACCUCCAUUUUAACAACAUCAGCAGUAUUGGAGUAAAUGACUUCUGUCCUACAGAAGCCAGAAAAAAGAAAAUUGUCUAUUCUGGCAUCAGUCUCUUUGGAAAUUCCUUCAAGUACUGGGAAGUACAGCCAACUACUUUCCGCUGUGUCUCUACUCAGAUGGGAGUUCAGCUUGGUAAUUUCCGUAAGAGAAAAUGAGGGGAAAAGUAUUACUUGUUAAUUACUUGAAAUGUUAAAAUAUUAAAUCUUUGGGUAAUUUUAAAUCUAAAAUGCAGGGGAGACACAAAAAAAUGAAAUGCAGUUUUUUUUUUCUUUUCAAAUCGUUAUUCAAAAACACCUAAUUUGUGCUUAAUAAAGCAAACAGGUGAUAUGGCCUAUUUAUAUUAUUGAUUGAAAAUUUUCAUUACAGAACAAGAUUUACCAAGGUGUCAAGUUAAAUAUGUACUGUAUCAAAAAGGACACGUGAAAAUUCAGUACAUGGAUAGUUAACUUGAUAACUAAGAAAGCAAAGGUGUUGCUUUUAAUCCUACAGUUUUGCUGAAAAUGCUUUCAUGCCUAAAUACUUUACCAUGCACAAUUUUGCAGGAGCCAUAACAGUAAAAUACAAAAUAAAGGAAGGAUCACCAGUGAGUAAUUUAGGAAGUACAUUAGAGAUUACAGCUAAGUAAACCACUUUUCUGUCUAAGUUUUAUCUAAUUCCUUUUUCGAGGCUCCCGCCCUCCUUUUUAUUUUUCAUUAUUGUAAUGCAAAACAACAUGUAUCAUAACACAUUACUUUAUAUUUGUUAAUAGAAUAUAUUCAAGCUUGUAAGACAUUGAUCUUGUACUGCAAUUAAUCAUAUUAUUUGUUAUUAUUUAAAA